ACACAUACUUCCUUUAAUUCCACUUCAAAUAGCCCUUUUGCUUCAAAUACUUUUGUGAUCUCAAUACAAUGGAGUCGUCAAGAAUUAGUUUGCGUCCAUUUAGAUUAACAGAUGUUGAUGAUAUAUUGUUAUGGGCAAGCGAUAAACGUGUAACUCGUACCAUCCGAUGGGAUACUUUGAGCACAAAAGAAGAAGUCUUGAGUUUCAUCAAGAAAGUGUGUAUACCUAAACCUUGGCAUGUAUCAAUAUGCAUCGACGAUCGUUCCAUCGGAUUCCUAUGGGUAUUCCAUCCGGCCAUGCCAGAUGAUUUUCCUGAGGAGGAUAUUGAAGUUGCAGAGAUAGGUUACGCGAUUGGAGCUGAGUAUUGGGGACAGGGAAUUGCUACAAAGGCACUCAAGAUGGCAAUCCCUCAAGUGUUCAAUGACUUCCCUCAAAUAGUAAAGAUUAUAGCGUAUGCUAUUUUGGAGAACAAGGCUUCUCAUAGGGUUUUGGAGAAGGCUGGGUUUCAAUACGAACGUUCACUAACAUUGCAUGGCGACUUCAAGGAAUAUGGAAAUAAGGAUCCAGAGAACUUUAUUGAGGAACUGCAAAAGGUAUUUGAAGUUAUGCACGUUGCCGAUGCUGAGCGAGUAGAACUAGAUGCAUAUCAACUGAAGAAUGUUGCUAGGACUUGGUUUGACCAGUAG